GCAGCCGCCUCCUCCUCCUCGCCGGCGCUCAUGCCCCAGGGCCCGUGGCGCCCGGCCGCGGAGCCCCCCUCGCCGUGGAGCCGGCCCGGGCCGCCCGCCCGCGAACGAUGAGCAGCCGCUGCCCCGCGGGAGGAGCCGGCUGCUGUUGCUGCCGCCGCCGCCGCUGUGGCUGCUGCUCCUGCUCCUGCUGCUGCUGCCGGCGCCGCUUCGGCCCGCGCGAGCCCGACAAGCCCUUCGCCGACUCGGAGCGGGCCCAGAAAUGGCGACGCUCCCUGGCCUCGCUCCUCUUCUUCACCGUGCUGCUCUCCGACCACCUGUGGCUCUGCGUGGAGGCCCGGCAGGUCGCCGCCGGGAGGCACCGGGACCGCCACGAGGCCGGCGGCCAGGGCCAGGCGCCGCCGGAGCAGUGCUUCAGCCUCCUGGGCGACGCCGAGGACGCCUGCAGACAACUGCGGCCCGGACGGCGAGGAGGAGGAGGAGGAGGCGGAGGAGGAGGAGGAAGCGGUGGCGCCUCGGCGGAGCUCUACCUGCCUUUUUGUAAUUCCUAUACGCUGCGAGAGCUCUUCGCCGGCCUCCCCCGCCGCCGCCGCAGCCAGGACACUCGGAACUGCACGCUGGACCUGGGGGCCCUCGGGGAGGAGGAGGAGGAGGAGGAGGAGGAGGAGGAGGAAGAGGAGGAGGAGGAAGAGGACGAGGAGGAGGACUUGGCGGGGGAGGGGGGCCCGAGGGGGCGCCGGUGGCUCCGCUCCUGCCGCCGCUGCGUCCUGGCUUACCAGAGCUACGACCAGCAAGCGCGGGAGCGCUACCACGAGUUCGAGCUGGUGCUCCAGAAGUACCUGCAAGCCGAGGAGUACUCGGUGCAGUCGGGACCCGAGGAGUGCAAGACUGUCUACAAAGCCUGGCUCUGUUCCCAGUAUUUUGAAGUCACCCAGUCUCACUGCAACCACACAAUUCCUUGCAAGCAAUACUGUUUGGAGGUUCAGACAAGGUGUCCAUUUAUAUUACCAGACAAUGAUGAUGUCAUCUAUGGAGGAUUAUCCAGUUUCAUCUGUACAGGGCUCUAUGACAACUAUCCAACCAAUGCAGAACCAGAAUGCUGUGAUGUCAGAUGGGGACUAUUAUCAGAUAACCAAUCCAAAGGGACUAUAAAAACAAGUGACUCGAUGAUGUGUCACCGGACAUCACUUACAGUUUCAUCAGCAUCAAGACUGUGUAACAGCAGACUUAAACUGUGUGUUCUUGUAUUAAUUCUCUUACAUACAGUACUAACGGUCUCAGCAGCACAGAACUCAACGGAACUGGGCUUUGGAGGCAUAACAAAUUUGGAAGACCAUUCAGCCAAUGAGGAAUAAAAGAACUGAUCCAUCUCCUCCCACAGGCACACAGCAGUCCCACACAUACUGCAGUCAAACAUGAGAAAACUGGGUCCUUUUGCCCUCCGUUAACUCCUCCAAAGGCCUUCUGGGUAAAACUCAACAGAUGGGCCAUAAUCCAAACAGGACACAUCAUAUACAGCUUUUUAUUGACUAAAAGGCUGUCUGGUGACUUAAAUUUCUCGCACCAUUUUAUACACUGUGUUUUAAUGUUUGGAGUUUCUUUUUUUGGUUUGUUUUUGCACUUGUUAAUACAGGAUUUUAUUUUUUUCGGACAGUUUCUCAGAGCUAAACUAAGUCUUUUCACUGUCUUAUCUAUUUCUAGUCAUUGUGUGUGUUCAUCCAAUAGUUCUGUCUUUUAUGUCUUGUCAAUUUCUAUUAGAGAAAGAACUGCUGUGAUUCCAUGGCAAAACUAGCAGAUGAAAAAAAUGAAACCAGCCCCCUAAAUGGCCGUGUUCCCCACAAAAAUGGUUCUCCUUCUUCCCCUCAUCCGAAGUGCCCCAAAGCAGACAAUGCCCGCUUGCUUUCUGUCUGUGUAAUCACAAUGAAUGGGCACAUGUCUCAGAUGAGCCUCUGCCACUGUUGCAUUUGAGUCCCCUGACUGAAUAAACCCAAAGUGAGGCUCCAUGGGUGGAGGGCAAGGAGGCUGUCAGAAGAAUGAAGUGCUCUCCAUAGGAUGGUGAGAUUAGUGAAAAUUGUAAUGUAAAGAAAUCUAUAACAAACUGUUGCUCCAAUUCCCAUUUUCAAAAAAGUCCAGUCCUUUUUCACUGGUCAGUUGAACAGGAGCAGCCUGGUUUAGAACAUGGAAUGUGAAAAACAGGUUAAGGGCUCAGCAAGUUGAGGAGAUAGGAGGCCAUCAGAAUGGCGAUGAAAAGUUUGGCAUUCAUUGUGAAUUACAAUUUUAAUUCUUCUACAGUCACUUAAUUGGCACAUGCCAAUAUAGAAAUCUAUAGGGGCAAAAAUCUUUUCUCUUCUUUUCCUGACAAAGCUGUAGAACGCCUACAAGGGUUUCAUUCGGAGGCUGCCUUCACACAUUGUGAUUGCUGUGAGAAGAACCAUUUCUUUGCAGAAAGUAUAGUAUUUGUGGACAUCACACAUGGGUGUACACACAUCUAGUGCACAUAUGAAUGUACACCUGUCUUGGAUUUGCUGGACCAACCAGAAUCCCCAGAGAAGUCCACUGGUGCAUUAAGAUGGAGGUAUACAAAUGUCUGACAUCUCUGUGGUUCUAUCUUGCAGCAAUUUAGUGUGUGAAGCUCUCCUCAAAUUGGGGAUUGUCAACAUGCCACACGUUGGGACUGUCAACACGCCACCUUCUAGGUGUUGAUGGACUGCAACUCUCCCAGCAACCCUAACUGAUUAUAUCCAAUGGUGAGGAAUGAUGGAAUUGGCAGUUGAACCUCACCUGGAGUUUGUAGUUUGUCCAUCCCUGCAUUAAAUAUUGCAUUUAUAUGAAAUCAUCCUUGAAAGUGAAGGGGGUUAUGGCAUUGGGAAUGGAUAGGAGAUAGAAUAAUAUGUUAGUUCACACAGCUGAGGGAAAACAUUUCUCCUUUUUCUUUAAAAUAGAUCAUUUUCAUGCGUGUGCAAUAAAAUUGAUAUGAUGGGCUAUGCGUAGUCAAGUAGGGUGGGGGAUGAACAAUCCAAUUGCCUUUUUCAUUGCUUUUUUGGGUAGGAUCAUAUCACAUGCUGAGUGUAUGAGAACUUGCUUUUUAAAAAGGCUUUUUAGAGUUUACACUAGAAUAAAUGGAAGGAAAAGUUAAUAAGGGCUGUUUUUUUAAAAAAACUUUUCAAUCCUUCCUGUUCUCUAACUACACUUGGAAAGUGCACUUUAGAGCUGUUUGCUGUGUAGCUGGGAGAUGAAGGAAACAAAAAGAUAGUAAAUAUUCUCUUAGCUCUAAUCUAUUAUCUGCAUUCUAGCUAUCAAUAUCCUUCUUCCCUGUCCCCUUUCAAGAAGCAUUUCUGUUCAUCACUGCGGUGUUGAUAUGCAUUUUAAUUCAUGUUUUCUGGUUUGUGAAGUUCUGCAAAAAAGGAAAGAAAAGACAAGACAAGAAAAAGAGAACAAUCCCUUACUGCUUUGGCAGGUUAAAAAUAAUGCAUUUGUUAAGAUGUAUAAGCUCAACUAUUUUGCAAGACUUCUUGUUUUGAUAGUGUUUUGCUAUGACUGAGAAUGAGGAUCUUAAAAUGACCUGUGCAAAUACAAAAAAGCACGUAAAAUGCAGUUUUCCAGCUUCAGUUUCUUUCCUGACCCUUUCCCCUUCUCUCCACUGUGCAUGCGCACACAGAGGUAUCCUAUUUACACAGCAUUAAAAACAUGGUGCAUUUUUUGCCUGAAAGAGCACAUCUUAUGAAUGAUGCUGGAUAUUAUGGGAAUGCUUUGAAGACAGGUGGGUGGUGGGUGGGAAAGAGAAAGCUUUAACCAUUGAUAGAAUGUAGAUUUCAAAGCAUAUCAGGUCUAUUACUAAAAGUAAUGCAGCAAUAACUGGGCUGGGCUGCAGUACUGGAGGGAUGUAGGUCACACAAGUCAGAAAGCACUUGGGUGCGCUCUUGUUCAACUGACCUCUUCUCCUGAUAUUAAAUGUGUAUGGUCAGAAAACAGUUUGUUAUAAACCUUGAUCUACCUCUGCUGUGCAAAGGCCAUUCAACCACAUCCAUUCCUGUGGCAUACAUUGCAUUGUUUUGGUUCAUUCGUGAACUAAACACAUUCAUCUUCUUUCUCCUCUUUUCUUUUCUUCUUUCUGGUUUGUACUGUCCCAAUACAGUAGGGAGUUCCAUUUAUCUCAUGGUUGAAGUAGCGUCUAAAGAAGAGAUGCGGUUAUAAACUCAGAUGGCACCCUAUUUUGCCUCAUGGUGACGUACUGCAGAGAAUACCAAAUGAGAAAUCAUUAUUUCUUCCUCUCCUAUGUCAUUUUGUAAAAUGUGUUUUCAGGGGUGGAGAAACACAGCUUUAUCACCCCUUGGCUUCAAGCCGAGAGUGGUAUAAGAGGACAAGAGCUGAAGAAAAAACAGUGGCAACUUGAUCCAAAUGCUUUCAAAAAGAGAAGCCAAACUAUGAGUAAAAUGAAGCAGGAAGCACAACCCGUUUCACUUAAAGACGCCAUAAAAUAUCCCCUUCCGUUUCAAAUAGGUGCCUGCAGUUACAUGGUCUGUGAAUUCUUUGUCACCAUUUUCCCAUUGCCCUUUCUGUCAUUUAUUCAUUUAUUUGAUUUUUUUAAAAGGAAUAUCAUGUUCCCGGGGAGCCUGCUGCUGUGAUGUAUGUUACUGUUUGAGCCAGGGUAUUUCUACUCCAGCAGUGUGGUCCGUAUAUUUUCUUAGUGGCAGCUAGGAAAUCACACAUACAGAAAAAAGACUCUUUUUAUGAAGUUCAGAGAAACGUAAUCAUGUAUGAUGCAAAACCUCAUCCCAUCCAUUCCUCAUCCGUAACAGUUUUCUUGGCACAAACCUGAGCAUGCUUGAUAUUGUGCACCUAUUACUUUUGCCCGAAUAAAUUUGCAUCUUGCCACUGUAACUGCCAUCUUGUUCCAUUUCUCCUUGUACUGUAAAACUUGGACAUACAUGAUGAACAACUGGCUUCAGAGAGACAAUGCUCCAAUAUUUUACCAUAAUCUAUGAAAAAAUGAUCUCUAUUUUGCAGUCAUAUAGGGCAGACUUCCCCCUGAUGUGUUUAUUGUUUUAUUUUCUGAAACAGAAAAUUCCAGUUUGUGCAAUAUAUGAAUACUGCAAAGCCAAAUGUCAUAAGUCACAAUCAGAGUUCUAUGUUAUUUCCUUAUUGCAUUUACAUAUGAGAAUACAUUAUAUUGACUUUUCCUUUCAUUAAAGAGAUAGAAUACUUUUUGCAAAUAUAGCUAUCCAAGGUUGUCCUUCCGCACAUUAACAACAACAAAAAAGAUGGCAUGAUGCUUAACAUCCUUAAGCAGCACAA